CCUUCGCAUACCCGUCCAAUCAGAAUGGAGGGUCAACUCGUUAUAUAGGCAGUCAGGGCUCAUUACUGACGUUGUUCACAGCAAUGGCGCGUACCAAGCAGACGGCACGCAAGAGUACUGGCGGUAAGGCUCCCCGGAAGCAACUUGCUACAAAGGCUGCGAGAAAGAGCGCACCAGCCACCGGUGGCGUGAAGAAACCCCAUAGGUACAGGCCUGGCACCGUCGCGCUACGGGAAAUCCGACGCUACCAGAAGUCGACGGAGCUACUCAUCCGGAAGCUCCCAUUCCAGCGCCUUGUUCGCGAGAUCGCCCAGGAUUUCAAAACCGACCUCAGGUUCCAGAGUUCUGCGGUCUCCGCUUUGCAAGAGGCUAGCGAGGCCUACCUCGUCGGCCUGUUCGAAGACACCAACUUGUGCGCUAUCCACGCUAAACGUGUCACAAUCAUGCCGAAGGACAUCCAGUUGGCACGCCGGAUUCGCGGCGAACGUGCUUAAGCCAGUUUUCCCUGUUGCGAUGUGAACGCCUCAACGGCCCUUUUUAGGGCCACCACGUCCUGGCUU